AUGGGCGGCGACGACAGACGACCGAGUCUCUCCAGCAUGGAGCAGACCAGUACCAAGGCCAAGUUGGGUGCGGUUUCGGGGGUCUAUAUCCCCGUCUGUCUCAACAUCUUCAGCAUUCUCAUGUUUCUUCGUUUUGGCUGGAUUCUCGGCCAAGUUGGGCUUUUGGGCAUGCUUGGACUACUCGUUACGGCUUAUCUUGUAGACUUCUUGACAACGCUCUCUCUGUCUGCUAUAGCUUCAAAUGGCGAAGUCAAGGGCGGAGGCGCCUACUACGUAAUCUCGAGGUCUCUUGGCCCCGAAUUUGGCGGUUCCAUCGGGAUGCUCUUCUAUCUCGCUCAGGUUCUCAACACCGCUCUCAAUGUUGUUGGUCUCAUUGACUGCAUAAAGCUGAACGUCGGGGAAUCUUUUCCCCAAGGCUACUGGACCGUCUACAUGCUCCAAACAUUGGCUUUGCUGCUCUGUGCUGGAUUAUGCUUGGCCGGGAGCGGCAUAUUUGCCAAGGCUAGCAAUGCGCUGCUUGUCAUAUUGAGUCUCGCCAUUAUAAGCAUUCCGAUAUCUUCCGCAUUUAAGUCUCCCUUUCGAGAUGAUGGACUUGGUGUACGCUUCACGGGCUUUAGUAUCGAGACGUUGGUGGACAACUUUGCUCCUCAUACAAAAAGCGAGUCUUUCAAGGGAUUUGAAACUUUUCGAGAAGUCUUUGCCAUCCUGUUCCCUGCCACGUCAGGAAUCUUCGCAGGGGCUUCAAUGUCUGGAGAUCUGGCAAAUCCCAGCAAAGACAUCCCGAAAGGGACUCUCUGGGCGAUGAUGACCACCUUCAUUGCGUACCUGGUUGUAGUCUUCUCCAUGGCUUCUACCACAACGCAUGCUUCAUUUCUCAACAACACAAACAUUAUCUCGGUCACGAGCUUGUCCCCGCCUUUGAUCCUUGCAGGAGAAUGUGCCGUCACCUUCUUCUCUGCCGUGAUGGGACUCAUUGGUGCUGCCAAGCUCAUGCAAGCCCUGGCUAGGGACAAGCUGCUGCCCGGUCUGCUGCCAUUCUCGAAAGGAACGAAGAGGGCUGAUGAACCAAUCCAAGCCAUCAUUCUCACUUAUUUGCUUGCCCAAAUCGCCAUGUUCGCCAACUUGAACCAGAUUGCGACUUUGAUUUCCAUGGGUUAUCAGGUGAGAACCCGCGUACUCAUUGUAGACGAAGCUGUCUUGGACUGA